GUACUGUUUUCGUUUCAAUUAACGCUUUGGAGAUUUUCCAACAGCUCCCAACAACACGUCGAAACUGCGACAGCGAUGCAAACACCCUUAAUUGGUUACAAUAAGACCGUGUAAAUCCGGUUGGAAAAGUUUAUUCGUUUCUUUGCACACACAAAAUCCAAUUAGGAUUAAUCCGGGCCUGGAAACCAAUUCCCGGGCGUUGCUAGAAGCAACAGGAUCCAAGAGAGGACUGAAAAUCACGUUUAGUGAAUUUAGUGCCACACGAAAGCUCGUACAAACUACAUGUGAAGCUCGUAGCACCAAAGAACAGGUUUAAAAAUGGAGUACGUGACCAUCCCCAGUUCAAAAUUCGAAGACGUCAUCCACCACCUUCGCCACAACUUCCCCGACGAGCCCUUAAACGCCUCCGUAGGACUGUGCGUCCACGGCAAACCCUGCGAGCUUUUAGAGCACCACGAUUUAAUGACUAUGCAAGAUGGUCUUUCAGUAAUGGCGUUAGAUAAAGCGACCGGCGAGAUAGCUGGGGUGGCUUUGAACGGAAUCGCCAGAAAAGGGGACGUGGAGAAAGCGCUGGAGGAUAUGAAGACCAUCGAUAACAUCAAAUACCAGCGAAUCUUCGGCUUACUAAAUAAUGUUAAUAAGACUGCCGACCUGUACAGCAAAUACAACGUCGACAAAAUCUUCGAACUGAGAAUACUUUCGGUGGAUUCGAGAUUUAGAGGGAAAGGGCUUGCCAAGGAGCUGUUUCGGAGGAGCGAAAUGGUGGCGAAGGAACACGGAUUUAAAUUGAUAAAGGUGGACGCUACAAGCCUCUUCACACAAAGAGUCGCCGAAUGUCUCGAUUUCAUUGUGGAGAAGAGCGUGAAAUAUGGAGAUUACAAGGAUGAGAAUGGGCAGAAAAUGUACGACACGAAAUCUCCCCAUGAUUACUACAAAGUGAUGAUAAAGCUGAUCUCUGAUAAAACGACCGACGGUUGAAGAAAAAAUGGCCACUUUUUCUGUUGUGGUUUCAUUUUAAUUUUUCCAUUUGUUGGAAAAUGUUAAUGCUGCCACUGCCAUGCAGAAUUAAACAUUUUGUUACGAGUUCAUAGUGCUGGUCACUAUAUAAAUAUGUUAUAAAUGUGGAAUAGCUUAAUGUAACGAGGCAAUCAUUGUGACAACGGGCUAUUUUUUAACAAUAAUCCAUGACAUGGAGAAACCACCUAAUAAAAUGGGACAAUAAUA